CCCCUGCUCCCGGCGCUCCUCCUCGCAGUCUCCGGCUCCCCUCGCUCCCAGUCUCUCCCUCCUCGGGCGCUGCCUGCUCGGGGCUGGGGGAGGGAACGCGCUGCAGGCUGCAGCCGCAGGACCCCACUGCCCCCCAUGGCUCUCCUGGCCUUGGUGGGGGUCGCACUCCUCCUGGAGGCCCCUCUAUGCUGGGGGGCAGCCACGCCCACCCCCUCCCUGCCGCCUCCCCCCACCAAUGACAGCGACACCAGCUCCGGGGGCUGUGAGGGUUCCAACCGCUGCCAGCCGGGGGUCCUGCUGCCCGUGUGGGAGCCCGACGACCCGUCGCUGGGCGACAAGGCAGCCCGGGCGGUGGUGUACUUUGUGGCCAUGGUCUAUAUGUUCCUGGGCGUGUCCAUCAUCGCCGACCGCUUCAUGGCGUCCAUCGAGGUGAUCACCUCGAAGGAGAAGGAGAUCACUAUCACCAAGGCCAAUGGCGAGACGAGCGUGGGCACCGUCCGCAUCUGGAACGAGACCGUGUCCAACCUGACGCUCAUGGCCCUGGGCUCCUCGGCGCCUGAGAUCCUGCUGUCCGUCAUUGAGGUGUGUGGCCACAACUUCCAGGCGGGCGAGCUGGGGCCCGGCACCAUCGUGGGCAGUGCCGCCUUCAAUAUGUUCGUGGUCAUCGCUGUGUGCAUCUAUGUCAUUCCGGCCGGCGAGAGCCGCAAGAUCAAGCACCUGCGUGUCUUCUUCGUCACCGCCUCUUGGAGCAUCUUCGCCUACGUCUGGCUGUACCUCAUCCUCGCCGUCUUCUCUCCGGGCGUGGUCCAGGUGUGGGAGGCGUUGCUGACCCUCAUCUUCUUCCCGGUGUGCGUGGUGUUCGCCUGGAUGGCGGACAAGCGGCUGCUCUUCUACAAGUACGUGUACAAGCGCUACCGCACCGACCCGCGCAGCGGCAUCAUCAUCGGAGCCGAGGGCGACCCGCCCAAGAGCAUCGAGCUGGACGGCACAUUCGUGGGUGCCGAGGCGUCGGGCGAGCUGGGGAGCCUGGGCGCGGGCCCGGCCGAGGCGCGGGAGCUGGACGCGAGCCGCCGCGAGGUCAUUCAGAUCCUCAAAGACCUCAAGCAGAAGCACCCGGACAAGGAGCUGGAGCAGCUGGUGGGCAUCGCCAACUACUACGCGCUGCUGCACCAGCAGAAGAGCCGCGCCUUCUACCGCAUCCAGGCCACGCGGUUGAUGACCGGCGCGGGCAACGUGCUGCGGCGCCACGCGGCUGACGCGUCGCGCAGGGCGGCACCGGCCGAGGGCCCCGGUGAGGACGAGGACGACGGCGCCAGCCGCAUCUUCUUCGAGCCCAGCGUCUACCACUGCCUGGAGAACUGUGGCUCCGUGCUGCUGUCGGUGGCCUGCCAAGGCGGUGAGGGCAACAGCACCUUCUACGUCGACUACCGCACCGAGGACGGCUCGGCCAAGGCCGGGUCCGACUACGAGUACAGCGAGGGCACGCUGGUGUUCAAGCCGGGCGAGACGCAGAAGGAGCUGCGCAUCGGCAUCAUAGACGACGACAUCUUCGAGGAGGACGAGCACUUCUUCGUGCGGCUGCUGAACCUGCGCGUGGGCGACGCGCAGGGCAUGUUCGAGCCCGACGGCGGCGGGCGGCCCAAGGGACGGCUGGUGGCGCCGCUGCUGGCCACGGUCACCAUCCUGGACGACGACCACGCGGGCAUCUUCUCCUUCCAGGACCGCCUGCUGCACGUGAGCGAGUGCAUGGGCACCGUGGACGUGCGCGUCGUGCGCAGCUCGGGCGCCCGUGGCACCGUGCGCCUGCCCUACCGCACGGUGGACGGCACGGCCCGGGGCGGCGGUGUCCACUACGAGGACGCUUGCGGGGAGCUCGAGUUCGGAGACGACGAGACCAUGAAAACACUGCAGGUGAAGAUCGUGGAUGACGAGGAGUAUGAGAAAAAAGACAAUUUCUUCAUUGAGCUGGGCCAGCCACAGUGGCUUAAGAGAGGGAUUUCAGCUCUGCUGCUCAGUCAAGGGGACGGGGACAGGAAGCUAACGGCCGAGGAGGAAGAGGCACGGAGGAUUGCGGAGAUGGGCAAGCCCGUGCUCGGCGAGAACUGCCGGCUGGAGGUCAUCAUCGAAGAGUCUUAUGACUUCAAGAACACAGUGGAUAAACUCAUCAAGAAGACAAAUUUGGCCUUGGUGAUUGGCACCCAUUCGUGGAGGGAGCAGUUUCUAGAGGCCGUGACCGUGAGCGCAGGGGACGAAGAAGAGGAGGAGGACGGGUCCCGGGAGGAGCGGCUGCCUUCAUGCUUCGACUACGUGAUGCACUUCCUGACGGUCUUCUGGAAGGUACUGUUCGCCUGCGUGCCGCCCACCGAGUACUGCCAUGGCUGGGCCUGCUUCGGCGUCUGCAUCCUGGUCAUCGGGCUGCUCACCGCGCUCAUCGGCGACCUGGCCUCGCACUUUGGCUGCACCGUGGGCCUCAAGGACUCGGUCAAUGCCGUCGUCUUUGUGGCCCUGGGCACCUCCAUCCCGGACACGUUCGCCAGCAAGGUGGCAGCGCUGCAGGACCAGUGCGCGGACGCGUCCAUCGGCAACGUGACGGGCUCCAACGCCGUGAACGUGUUCCUGGGCCUGGGCGUGGCCUGGUCGGUGGCCGCUGUGUACUGGGCGGUGCAGGGCCGGCCGUUCGAGGUGCGCACCGGCACGCUGGCCUUCUCCGUCACGCUCUUCACCGUCUUCGCCUUCGUGGGCAUUGCCGUGUUGCUCUACCGGCGCCGGCCGCACAUCGGUGGCGAGCUGGGCGGCCCGCGUGGGCCCAAGCUGGCCACCACCGCGCUCUUCCUGGGCCUCUGGUUCCUGUACAUCCUAUUCGCCAGCCUGGAGGCUUACUGCCAUAUCCGGGGCUUCUAGCCGCACCUGCUGCUGUACCCUGGCCUGCGGACUCGGCCACUGCCUCCUCCUUCCCCUCUGCCCUCCCCAGCUCAUCCCCGGGACCCAGACCUCCUCACUUCCGAGUUAGUCCCUCCGCCAGACGCCUCCAGACCCGCCCCCAGGGACCACUCCUCUAGAAAACUGGACAUCUCCGCCCCACUCCCAGCCUGACCCUGUCCCACGG